GACAGAAGAGAAUCGUCUCGAGAAGUGAGAGGAAGAGUUUGAAAAAGUGUUCUUAAGUUUGUUUUCGUAAGAUAUUGCGGCGAAAUGUUUGUCUACGGACUAGUUUUGUGUUUUUUUGUGGUUUUUGGACAAUCGGAUGCUUCGGCAAUACCAAUGUGGGAAUAUCUCAGUAAACAGGAAAAAAUGUCUUUCCUUUACUCCAUGUUCGCCAAUCAAGUAGAAAACUUCUGCGAUACCUCAACUAUGGAAAAUUGCAACCAGAAGCUACUCAAAUAUGGGCUUGAUAAAUUGAAAACCCUCCCUGAAGAAUACAUGGACGCUAUGGACCCUUACCAGAGGGGUGCAAGUAAUAUAAUUUGGGAUUCCAUGAUGGCGGGCCACCCAAUGGCAGACGCCAUUCCCAAACCUCGAUCCACCACCACCCCGAAACCGAACAGCUACGACGACGAAAUCUACAGCGAUUUCGACGACUUGGGCUCCCAGAGCGCCGCCUCUGCCAAAAUAGACCACGUGUUCAGAGUGCCACCCCCAAAAGAGUUCCUGGAGCAGUACCAAAGACCCAAGUACACCUACCCCCACAACGUAGUGACGUAUUUGCAGGCGUUUGACGCUCCGGUGAAGAAAGGCCCUUACGCCAGGUUCCAGGAACAGCACGGAAUGAGUGUAUCUACCACCACUGAAAAGAUCUUGGUGGAUCCCAUGGAUGAAGGGAUGUAUGAGGAAGCACCCCUUACUGGUCCCAUGGUGGUAAGGGUGUAUCCUGACGGUAGGCCGGUGAAGGAUGAUGCGCCCUUGCCUCAGGACGAGGACUUGAGGCAGUACCAGAUGUCGAAGUUGAAGAUUCCGAACUUGUAGAGUUGUUGAAUCCUGUUAUUUCACCCCUGUGGGGCAAAUGUGAUAUUCUUGCUGUUGUAUAUAUUUAUUUUUUGUGAUGAAUUCGUGUGGAAGGUUCGUGUGGAUGUAUUUUUUAAUUUAUUUGAAUGAGUUGUAUUGUUAUUUAUUAGUUGGUAUUUUCUGUAAAUAUGUUCUGUAUCCAGAUUGUCCUGGAAUGUGUGUACUUUGUUUUGUGAUUUCCGUAAUGUAUAGAUAAGGAGCAAUAAAAAUCGUGCUUU